UGGGGGGGUUUGUAUCGCCGACAUAUCCGGCAAGUCGGCCUCGUCCGUGGCCAAAGAAGCGCGACAGGUCGCGACGAACCCGUCUUUCAAGGCCAUAACAUGUACCGUGGAUGUUGUGAACGACGGGUCGGUGGAAGCGAUGGUGACGGUGGCGGUGGAGACGUUUGGGCGGGUGGAUUAUGCGGUAAACUGUGCGGGAAUUGGGGCAGUGAAGCACGGACUGGCCGAGACGGAGCGGGAAGAGUGGGAGCGCAUGAUUGCGGUGAAUCUCACAGGCGUGUUUGCAUGCGUCAAGGCAGAGAUCAAGCAGAUGAUGCAGCAGGAGCCGCUGCAGGCCGAUAAUACAUAUGCUCAGCUGCAGCGCGGCUCCAUCGUCAACAUCGCCUCCCUCUCCGGUCUCGUCGGUCUGCGUCACUCAGGCGCCUACACGGCAGCGAAGCACGGAGUGGUCGGCAUCACGCAAACCGCCGCACUCGACUAUCCUGAAGUGAAAUCGAAUGCGGUAGUUCCUGGAUACAUCAAAACACCAUUGACAUCGGUUCCUGGCGAGAUGCAGCGGAACGCGCUGGAAAAGGUCAAUAACUGGACGCCGGUGAAGCGCUUCGGCUUGCCAGAGGAGGUGGCCGAGAGCAUCGUAUGGCUGCUGGGGAGCAGGAGCAACUUCGUGCAUGGGACUUGCUUGACAAUCGAUGGGGGGUAUCUGGCACAUUGAGUCAAUUCAUCUCUGACAAUUAGUCAGGGAGCGAGGGUCGGAAUUCAGGUUCCAGUGACGUCUCGGCAACAAAGGGUAACCCAAUCUCUAUUGCAGGGCGAUUAAUAAUGAGCUGGUAAUUAAUUGGCUUCCGUGUAAAUAAUUUAUUAAUAUCAAUACCCAAAAUCUCC